GGGAAGUAGUGCUGAUGAGCCCGGAUCGAGACAUGGACGUGGUGACACGGCUGCACAUGGGACACAGACAUGUCUGAGGCAGUGUUGGAGGAAAUCUCUGUGCUGUCAGCCAUAUACUGUGAGCCGGGAGAAUUUGAAGUUCUCUCACGUUCAGAGAGUGGAAUAACAGUAAUGAUUCAGACAAGCGUGCAGCGGCUAACAGAAUCAGAAAUUCGUCUACGACUCAUAUUUGAUCUGCCAGUUACAUAUCCAUCCAGCCUACCAAAUGUAUCUGUCAGCUCGGAAGAACUUACCAGGGUGCAGUGUAAAGAGCUCAGAGACAAAUUACUUGGCCAAGCUGGCCGGCAUCUCUCAGAACCGAUGAUACAUGACUUGGUCCUGUGGGCGCAACAGAAUCUUAACACUCUAAUUGGGGAUUCCAUUUCGGAUGAAAACCACCCUCUGUCAGCAGAGACUGUGACUGACGAGGGUACCUGGACGAUGCUUUUACAUUUAGAUCACAUGAGAGCAAAGGAAAGAUAUGUCAGGACAGUAGAAAAAUGGACUGCUGAUUUGAACUUGACUGGAAAACUGAUGUUCAUGGGCAAAAUAAUUCUAAUUCUUUUGCAAGGAGACAGGAGUAGUAUUCGGGUGAGUAGUGAAGCUCCUUUUCUCCAAUACCCAGGGCUAAACAGAAAGCAGAGUGAUCUGAUCUUACUUCUACAGUACACCUGUCAAAAAUGUGGACAAUUCAAACUGAGGCUGUGGUGA